AUGGCAUGCGAUUCGCGAUUAUUGGAUGCUGAUGGCAGGAAAAGAGCAUUGGAAACGAUAGCGAAUAAUGUUGAAGAAGCAUUACAUGUCAAACAUCAAGUGAUGUCUGGCAAUCGUUUCAAACUGCUCAAUUUGAUCAUUUGCACUCGAUCAUCGGGCGCUGCCGUCACGUUUCUCUAUAUUUCUGUAAAAAUUUUGUAUACGGUGAACAUCAUUGGGCAGAUCUUUUUGCUCAACACAUUCCUAGGCAAUCGGAGUCGAUGGUACGGAUUGCAGGUACUAAACGAUCUGAUGAAUGGACGCGAGUGGGAAGAGUCGGGUCACUUCCCCCGUGUUACGCUUUGUGAUUUUGAAGUUAAAGUGUUGGGCAAUGUGCACCGUCACACCGUGCAAUGUGUCUUGAUGAUCAAUAUGUUCAACGAGAAAAUCUUUCUUUUCCUUUGGUUUUGGUAUUUUCUCCUCGCUGGGGCAACGAUUUGUUCCCUAUUUUAUUGGAUCUAUAUCUCCGUCGUCCCGAGUCGACAACUCAAUUUUGUCGGCAAAUAUCUGACGGGCAUCGAGGGCUACAAAAUGGUCGACUCGCAGUCACUUCGACGUUUCGUCUUUCACUUUUUACGCCAAGAUGGAGUUUUUCUACUGAGAAUGGUUGCCACCCAUGCUGGUGAGUUGCCAUGUUACGAUUUGGCGAAGAAACUCUGGGAGAAUUACUGUGAUAACAAAGAGGGAAAGAUGCAUGAUGUA